GUUCGUCUGUUGACUCCGUUUGAUAUGGGCGGAAUUGUUUAAUUGUUGUGCUCUGCUCUACUAUUACUAUUGACAGGUUAAGAUGUCAAGCUAUAAACAUAAGUCUGGAGCUUUGAAAAGAAAGCUCCAGAAAGAAAAAUUAGAACAAUCUGCUAAAGGUCGCCAGGAUAUUAAGAAGUUUUUUAAGAGUAAUGAAAAAGAAGAGUUGCAAGAAUUUCAACCGGAUUUCAAUCCAGAACCUACAUCAGCCUCACAGACCCAACCUUCUUCAGCUUCAAUCCAAAAUGCUUCUACGUCUACUGUAUGUGAGGGAAGUAAUGACGAAUGUGCUAGUGCUGAUCCAAAUCUUAGUAAGGAUACUGUCGAUGACAAUAAAACUUUUAAUUUUGACGAUCCUAAUACGUGGCCUGCGGUGAUGAGUGAUAAAAUACGGCAGGAAAUAGUAUUGUGCUACGGUGGUUUUCAAGCUUUUCAGGCCAGAUCAAAAUCAUUUCCAGCUGACCCCUCAGGAAAACAUUUCCAUGAAACAUUGUUGUACAUGAAAACAGACAACAGAACAUGUAAAGCAAUUCCACGUGAAUGGUUAAUGUGGAGUGAAACAAAAAACAGCAUUCAUUGUUUACCCUGUAGCAUUUUCCAUUCAAACCAAAACAAAAGUAAACUUGCAAAAGAAGGUUUUUUCCCUGAAAAACAAUAAUACAAACGAUUAUACAGGUUAUUUUCGAUGCAUGAAAGAAGCUCUGAGCACAGAAAACACUACCUAGAAUGGAAAAGUCUUCAGAUAUCAUUGAAAGGACAUGGUGUCGACAGCAAUCUGCAACAGAUUAUUAACUGUGAAGCAACAAGAUGGAAAGCUAUUCUUCAACGAAUUUUGGACACAACAAUAUUCUUGAGUAGUAGAGGUUUAGCUUUCCAAGGGGAAAAUACCCAGAUCGGUGAUGUUCACAAUGGAAACUUUUUAGGAGUAUUGGAAUUAAUAGGAAAAUAUGACGAAGUAACUCGUGAACAUUUAGCCAAAGUAAAAGAAAACCAGUUGAAUAAAAAAAGUAUGAUAGGUCAAGCUCACUAUCUCUCAUGGUACUCGCAGAAUGAAUUUAUUUCUCUCUGUGGUAAAAAACUACUGAAUACUAUUUUGCACCAACGAGAAGAGUCUGUAUUCUAUGGGAUUAUUGCUGAUGCCACCCCUGACAUUUCCCAUCAGGAGCAGAAUGUACUAAUUCUACGGUAUGUUUUUCAAAAUGAAGAAAAAAAUACAUUCGAAGUAUGUGAAAGAUUUAUUGAAUUCCUGAACUUUAGCGGGAAAACAGGUGAGGUUAUAACUGAUGAAAUUCUGUCCGCUUUAGACAAUAUUGGAGUACCACUUUCUGACUGUCGAGCUCAGGGAUAUGACAACGGCUCUAACAUGCGGGGACACACUAAAGGUGUACAAUCAAGAAUACUUGAAAAAAACCAGUCUGCUAUAUUCUCUCCCUGUGGAGCACACUCGCUCAACAGAGUUGGUGUCAAUGCUGCAAUGAUGGUGGCAAUGCUGUUGACUUUUCUGAUGUUAUAAAUGAUUUUAGUGAAAAGAAAGCUAGGAAAUCUAUGAUUAAAUAGACUAUCAAACAUCAAAGUAAGCGUUUUCUUGUCAGUGUAUUAAACACUUAAAAAACAUUUUAAUUGUUUAGCUCCUAACUUUCUUAUAAUCUCAUUCUUAGUAUUUUGUCAACUUGAAUUUUAUUCUUGGUCAGUAAGGGAAAUCAAUCUCAAAAUGGAAAUGUACUGUACUUUCAG